GGAGAGAAGGAAAUGAAGAUGGUUCUUCAGUGUCCUCCGAUCUACCCACUGCCUGAAGAGAUAAAAAAGAUGGAGCGCAGUGAGACGGUGUGUCUUUACUGCGGUGUGAGCUACCUCAUUUUCCACGAGUUCCAUCAGCUCAACACCCAACUGGCUCAGCUGCAGGAAGAGCUCCAGGGACUGAGCGAGACCACCCAGAGAGAGAAGGCCCAGCGAGAGGCCCUGGAGCUGGGCAGGCUGGAGUGGGAGAAGGCUUUUCAACUGGAGGUGCAGCGACAGACUGAGGAGAAAGAGAAAAGAACAAGAGAAAAGCUAGAAGACAGGCAGAAAGACGCAGAGAGAGCUCUGAGAGAGGAGUUUGAACAAAAUGACGAGAUGGAGAGGCAAAAGAUAAAAGACGAGUUUUUGAAGAUCAGUGAAGAAAAAGAGAGACAGCUUAGAAGAGAGCUGGGAGAGCUACAGGCGGAGACACUGAGGGAGCAGCGAGAGGAGCUGGAGAGGAGGACUGAGGAGAGAGAGAAAGUUCUGAGUGACGCACUUCAAAAGGCCAAUAAAGAUUUCGACACACUUGGAAAAGAUCUCCAACAGCUGGAAGAGAGGCUGGCAAAAGCGGCUCACACGAAGGAGGAGGCAGAGCAGUCACUCGGGAAAGAGAUGCGGCGAGGUGAAAUUCUCAGAGGAGCGUGUGCGCGGCAGCAGCAGGCCCAGCGAGCGACUCUCUCCGUGCUCCGAUCCUUGGGCAGUGAGCUCACAGAUGUACGGGGUUUCCUCAGCCAGCAGACAGGGGUCUGGCAGGCCUUCAGAUCCAAGAUACUGCAGCACAGCACACAGGUGUUCUCAGUGCUGAGACAGGAGCUGAAGCAUUCCAAUGAGGAGUUACAGAAAAUGAGGGAAGAGAAAGAGCGCCUCACCCAGCAGCUGAUGGAGCAGAGGAGACAGAGUGAGGAGAAGCUGUCCAAACAGAAAGACUCUGAGAACCAACACAGGGAAAAACUACUCAGGUUAAAAGAGGAGCUGGAGGAGAAACACGAGAGGUGGUUGUCAUGCCAACGCAGAUGUGACAUCAUGCAGGAGCAGCUGUCUUCGAACUGUGCAGCUGAAGAGGAAGUGACACGACUGAGGGAAGCUUUGGAGAAGGUCCAGCAGGAAACGAGAGAGCUGUGGAGAGAAAGGGAGAUAUUGAUAGAGUCCCAUGGCAGAGCCCUGACCAAGAUGGAGGAAGACUGCAGACAGCAAAUGCCCUCAAAGCUGGCUGCCGCCCUUGAAAAGCAGAGAACCCAGAAUGCAUUGCACCUGAGGGAGCAGAUGGAGGAGUUGCGCAGGGAGGUGGAGUUAGAGCGCACAAUUGACAGGGAGAAGAACCAACUGCUGCUUCUACAAUACCAGCAGGACAAUACACAGCUUCAGCAGAAGCUGGAGGAGAGAGAGCAGCUGCUAGGAGGACUGCAAGACGAGCUGCAGGAGGAGAGGAGAAUCAGGGUGGAGGAGAGGGGGAGGAGUGAGGAGACGAUACGCCAGGAGCUGCAGCGCUCCCAACAGCAGGAGGCACACCAGCUGAGCCGAGCUGAGGCUGAGCUACAGCAGGUGACUGAGAGGAAUGCUGAACUUCGAGAAGAGGUGGCGUUACUCCAGGAGACGGUGAGAAGGGAGUGUGAGGAGAGGGAGGAGCUGACUGCUGCUCUGUCUCAAACUCAAGCGGAGCUUCUUGGCCUGCGAUCCCUAGCGUCUCAUCAGGGCUCCUCCAGGUCUCCUCCAAGCCCCGUGGAGAGACAAACCCCCCCAGAGAACAAGCAUUUCCAUCUCCAUAGUCAAACCCGGGUCACUCUUAGCCGCUCUUUGAACUCCCCAAACACACUGCGACCCUCCCCUCCAUUAACAGACAAAGACAGAGGCCAGUGCACAGAUGGAGGAGGAGCGGGGAGGGGGUUUGAGUCCUUGAAUCAAGGUAAAAAAAGACGAGAGGGGACACUGCCCAGACUGAAAACCAGCAGCACAGUAAGAGAGGUCAAAAAGGUCAGUUCAGCGGUGGACAGGAAGGACAGACUGUAAAAAGCAAUCAGAAUGAAGGAGCAUGUAUGUUUUACAUAACAGCUAGUGCAGUGGUUCAAAAUAAAACACAGUUUCAGUGUUGUUUUGAUAUAUAUAUAUUUUUUAAUUGUAUUUUAUUGUUACCUUAUCAUUUAAUAAUACACACAAAUUUAGUCUAAUAUACUUAUAAUUGUCUAAACUCACACGCAUACUCACGCACACAUAAACACACACUUUAAGAACAAGACACAACUACUGAGUCCUGCUCGAACAGCUGUAAAACUCCCCAGACACACACACUCUGACAGACAUGCACUUGUUUUUUCACAACCCCAACUCACGCAGUCUCCGUGGCACGCACAGGAUAAACACACACACACUCACUCACACAGACACAUGCAAACACCCACACCCACACACACACACACACACACACACACAGCCUGUCACAAGGGCAGGGCUAAAGGAGCAUGACAGCGUGUCCCUUGCCACCCGUGGACAAAAACAAAAGGCAGGCGAACACAAAAGAAACUGUAAGGCAAGCACCCCCAGACACACAUGCACACACACACACACACACACAACAAUUACCAAGGCCUCACCAAUCAGGCAUUGUGUGUUAUUGACAUCAUUCACUCCGUGCAAGGUCUUUCCAUCCCCCCCCUGCUCUUCAUCUCCCUCUACAUUUGGGAUGAAUUGGCAGGAUGGGAGAAAUGUGUGAAGUGUGUGUGUGUGGCAUGGAACUCAUUUCCCCGCUCACUGGCACACACGGAAAGCUUUUAGUUCGACUUCCUCGUCACUCCGUCUGCGAGACAAUGCAGGUGCACGUCGUUUGCACAGAAAAGGUGGGAUGAUAAUGAUUUGAUCGUGCCAACGUUUCCUCUGUUUGCCAAAACACACACAUAUGGUUUAUGCGCUUAAAAGUCUGGGUGC